UCUCAGCCGCCGUAGCCUGUACCUCGGGACUACAACCUAAAUAACAACAUUAUGGUCGCUGCUGCUAGUCGCAGUUCAUGACUGAAACUUAUCGUCGAGCGAGCUUCGGCUUGCUUCAAAGCUAAUCUGAUGAUAGUACAGUUUGGUUUUCUUUUAAACUGACACUUCACAGCUCAAAAUGGAUUACCUGCUCCAGGUGAAAAUAGGCGCUCUGUUCGGUUUAUUGUUCUUAACUCUUCUUUUUGGAUUUAUCCCUGCUCGAGUCAAAUGGUUCAGCCAAACAAACGGGACAGAAACCCACCGCACAGUCUUGAGUCUGAUCAGCUGUUUCGCCGGAGGGGUGUUCUUGGCAGCAUGUCUGCUCGACAUCAUUCCAGAUUAUCUGUCGGACAUGAACGCCGAGCUGGAUGCUCGGAAGAUGGAGAUCAGCUUCCCCCUUCCAGAGUUCAUCAUGGCUUCCGGCUUCUUCAUGGUCCUCAUCUUGGAGAAGAUUAUCCUGAAUUGUCGGGAGAUGGGAGGAGCUCAGGAGGAGAGGGCACCCCUGAUACACGACAACAGAAACGGGCACAGCCAUGGGCAUGGGUCAGCCACAAACUCUGAUCUGGAGAGCAGCGGCCACCAUGUCCAUGUUGACUUUCAGGCCCACUCCCCCUUUCGUUCCUUCAUGCUCUUCCUCUCUCUCUCGCUCCACUCUGUCUUUGAGGGUCUUGCCAUAGGCCUACAGAGCACUGACUCAAAGGUUUUAGAGAUCUGCAUUGCUAUACUCGUCCACAAGAGCAUCAUCGUGUUCAGCCUGUCUGUGAAGCUUGUCCAGAGUGCAGUUCGUCCUAUGUGGGUGGCUGCUUACAUCGGCGUGUUCGCCAUGAUGUCACCUUUAGGUAUCGGCAUUGGCAUCGGUGUGAUGGAGGCCCAGCUAGCAGCUGGAGCCCUAAUCCAGGCCGUCCUAGAGGGGCUCGCUGCAGGCACGUUUGUUUACAUCACCUUCCUGGAGAUCCUCCCACAUGAGCUCAACUCCCCCGGAAAGCAGCUUCCCAAGGUGCUCUUCAUCCUGCUGGGCUUCAGCAUCAUGGCAGGCCUCACAUUUCUGGGCUGACACUAAGACCAGCCCUCAUAUGAGCUGGUCUAUCUGUCAGCAUGUGACCUGAGCACUUUGUGCCAUCUACUGCAACUUCCACAUGUUUGUGGGUGACUUUUGUACAUAAAGACAAACUGUUCUCAUUGUAAAAGGAGACAGUUUAUUGCCACACUGUUACAUCCAGCUCUGGAGAUUGUAAUGUCAAAGGGAGCAUGAUGACAGCAGCUGGUUUUUAUUUCUUUUAAUAUACUUAUUUUUAGAAAUCAUAAUUGAGGAAACCCAUUUCUCAAUAUAAUUUCUUUUAAAGAGGAUUUUAUGUGAAGAGGAACCACUUAAUGAUAAGUUGUGAAUGACUGAGAGAGGAAUAGGGGAGAUAUCCCUUCAUUUAUCAUCGGCCUUGUUUUGAAACAUGCUUUGGACCUGCAAACACAAUCUCUGUGUCUGACCUUUGACACGGUUUAGGAAACCACUGGAAACAAAGGGCCUUAACUGUGUAUAUAUGAUACCGUGUAAUUAAUUCAAUCAUGUCCGUUUAUCAGCACCUCCAGAUAUUUCAUGUUUACAUUUGAUUUCUGACAAAUUCAAAGGGGAAGUUUGACAGUUUGUUGUUCCCAAAAAGCACUGCUUGUGCCUUCACUUUUGUGGAAGUAUUUCAUUCGGUACUGUGUGUUCUUUAGUACACACUCAGCUGGAUGGAUGGUCUUCAUAUAUUAUUGUUAAUAGCAUUUCUACCGAUACAGACCUCUUUCAUAAAUUCUGGGAUUUUAGUGCAGUGCAUUUUAGAUGUAGUUUCAAAAAUUUGCCGCUCAUUACAAAUGCACCAUUUAUUAUGUUUGUUCAGUAAACGAGUAUAAAUGUAAACUGACUCCCUGAUGCCUUAAGAAGUUUUAUGCCAAAAAAAGGGGGAAAAAAAGAAUAGCUGUCAAGAAAAAAGAAGAUUUCUUUUUUUUUUAUACUGUUUGCACUUUUCCAAUAAAGAAUCAGUGAUUACUGUAUCUCCACACUUGAGCGAGGCUAAAACGUAACAGGCUGUUAACAACCCACUAUUUUAACAAGCUGAUUGCUGUUAUUUACGGUACAUUAACCUUUGGUCUAGUUUAGUCCACUCUGCCACUUUAUGUCUUAUUAAAACAUGAUUUCCAUGUUGAUUCUUUUUCUCUAUUUUAAGUGUGGACAAAUACAGAAGCGUUAAAUAUCAGCACACCAUCUCAGACGAACUAUCUGCUUCAUAUAAAGAUAAAGAAGUGCAGUUUAAAGAAGAGACACUAAAUCUGCAAACUGACACAUUACGGUAUUUUACUACUUGCGGUACAGAACAGUUCAAUGCACCUAAAACUACAGUAUAAGCUGAGGGACAAAGCUGUAUUCAUGGUUCACACAUGUGAAGCGGCUUUAAUAGAGUGAGUCCAUAAACAGGCUUUAAAGAUCAUUUGGUCUGUUUAAGUAGGAAAAACAGUACUUUUUCAAACAUGUCUCAGAAAUAUCCAGAACAUUUGUGCGUUGAGCUUAUAUGUGCAGUCAAAGUCAACCAAUGUUAAAGUCUGUGUAUGUAAUUAUAGAGUUAAACUGUCCCUGUUUAGUCACAAUUCCUGUUUUGGUCUUUUAGUCUUGUGAUGAUCAGAAUGUUUCCUGAGUAGCAGGAAGUUGGGCUGUGGGUGUUGGUUGUCAUGAUAAAGACAAGCAGAUGUCAGCAAAAAGAAAAAAAGUGUCAAUGCCAGUUCAAAUGUGGUUUUCAAGCAGUUGUGCACAUUAUGAACCUUUUUUGUCAUUAAAGAUCAUCUGACCAAAAUGAAA